GGUAACUCCAUUCUUCUCACGCCAUUAGCUUCAUCAAUUCGAGCUUUCAAAUCUUUUAGCGGGAAGACUCGUGCUUCAAUUUAACUCCCCUUUUGUUCUUUCUCAAUGGCCAACAUUAUAAUAAGACCAAAUCAUCUUCACAGAGCAUUUCAUGCUCUGGCUCUAUUUAUAAGUUUUUUGCUGUUGAUCCACAAAGGUGGUGCAUAUGAGUUCAGGGUUGGGGGCUCGAUUGGUUGGACAGUUCCACCUGAUUCUAAUGCACUCUACUACAACCAGUGGGCAGAAUCGAACCGAUUUCAAAUUGGAGACACCAUACGGUUUGUCUACCCUGCUGGCAAGGACUCGGUGCUUUAUGUUACCAACGAUGAUUACACCAACUGCAACACAGCAACUUACCUUAAAAAAGCUUCGGAUGGUAACACUUUGUUCCAGUUCAAUGAGUCCGGGCCAUUCUACUUCAUAAGUGGAGACAGAGACAAUUGUAAUAAGAAUGAAAAGAUGGUGGUGGUUGUAAUGGCAGAUCGAUCAACCAAUACUAACCAAACAACCAUUGCUUCUCCUCCUCCACCUCCGGUCGGAUCAUCAGAGUUCGUCCCAACUCCUCCUCCAUCACCUUAUUCUCCUAGUGCUGCUUCUUCAAUGCUUCUGAGUUUUAUUGGCUCCAUUGGAGCUUUUGUGGCUACAAUAUCAUUUCUUUUGAAUUAAGAGUUGGGUUUACGUUUUUUUUUUACCAUUUUUUUUUGUCAACGAGUUUUUUCACGUUGAUGGUCUUGGCGUUUGUUUGUUCAUGCAGUUGAAAAAUAAAAUGGAACUAUGUAUUAUAUAUCUUGAGUGGAUCGCUACUGAUCCACUAUGUACUUUAGAGUUUAGAAUGUACAUAUAUAUAUAUAAUGGGAAAUAAAUUGGUUUGGUUUGGUUUUA